GAAGCUUGCCUUCGAUCGUGCGGGAAACAAGAUAAUAGGGGCUUUGUUAUUUCUGUAUCACCAUGCAAAGAAUUGGAUUACUUAACAUUAUGUAAUAUGCAGACUAACAUUCUGUCUAAUGCCCCUAUACCAUGUUUACGCGUUAAACGAGCAUAUUUGGAGCUGAACAUGCCAUUACAACAAUAAUAUAUAUUCCCAGAUGUUUACUGUCUUCUGAACCGGAGGGUCUGACAAUUUGAAAACGUGCAAUUGUGUUAUCUUCUUUAUCACGUACAGUCUCUAGAAUACUGAAAUGGCACCUCGGAAACUUGCGAUAUUAAUAGCGUUAGCGAUAUCUUGUAUCACCGGCAUUAUUUUAAAGAGGGAGAUCCAGAACUUAUUCCAGGAGGAAAAUGCGGUCCAAGUAUCAAGAACGAUGGCGACGGGAUUGCAACAGAAAAUUACCUCAGAACGAAAUAGUAGGCCUAUAUCUCUACCCACAAAACAUGGAGAAUCACGAUACGGUGACGUGGUUCAUGGACAAAAUCACAUAAUUAUAUACAACAGCGUACCAAAAUGUGGCAGUCGGACGUUCGUAGAUACAAGCCGACGCCUCUUCCGCAAUCGCUCCAUUAAAUUUAAUGGCUACAGUAUAAGGAAAGAAAGUAAACCCGAAAGUGAGAAAGCUCGAAGUAUCGGCGAGAUAAGGCGUCUGAUCAAGGGUGCCAAGAGGCCUGCUUAUGUUCAGGGUCAUGGCCUCUUCCUGCCAUUUCAUCAUCAGUUACAUAAUCCGCAACCUGUUUAUAUCAAUUUCAUACGAGACCCUGUUUCACGUAUGGUUUCUGCGUUCUACUUCAAUCGUUUUGGAGAUGGAUUUCUAGAACGAGGAAUGCUAAGCGAAAAGAAAAACAAUAUGUCUAUCGAAGAGUGCAUUCUAGACGGACAUUACGAGUGUAACAGAGCGGGCAUGUAUACGAACAUUUUCUGCGGUUUUAACCCAAAAUGCGGGAAAGACGCUACAUGGGCUUUGGAGCAGGCCAAGUCAAACAUUGAUAAAUACUACACUUUCAUCGGUAUCACCGAAGAGUAUGAAGCGUCUCUGAGAGUCUUAGAACAUCUCAUGCCAGAUAUGUACAACGGAUUGACAGAGUUCUAUCUUUCUCGAAUCAACAAAACAAACAGCCUAACAACGCUCUCCAAGACUGCCAACAAGAAGCCCCUGUCUCAAGAACUGAAAAACACUGCUACAGAGCGGUAUGCUGUUGACUAUGAGUUAUACAAUUUCAUCUAUGACCGACAUCGAAAACUCAAAGCCAGAUUCGGAAUAGAUUAAGGCCGGGCCUGAUUUACGUCAUCUCUCAAAAGGCCACACCUAAAAACACCGUCACUCAAAAGGACACGCCUAACAACACCGUCUCUCAAAAGGACACGCCUAAAAACACCGUCUCUCAAAAGGACACGCCUAAAAACACCGUCUCUCAAAAGGACACGCCUAACAACACCGUCUCUCAAAAGGACACGCCUAACAACACCGUCUCUCAAAGGGCCACGCCUAAAAACAACGUCUCUCAAAAGGACACGCCUAAAAACAACGUCUCUCAAAAGGACACGCCUAACAACACCGUCUCUCAAAAGGCCACGCCUAAAAACACCGUCUCUCAAAAGGACACGCCUAAUAACACCGUCUCUCAAAAGGCCAUGCCUAACAACAACGUAAUUGAAAUUUAUCAGUAAACUGUCUUUUAUACCUUUUAACUUGAAGGUAAUACAAAGUUUUGGGAAAUUUUGAAACUGGGUGGAUAGUGAUUCUUUACAAUUUUGAUAUAUUUGGAUGCCCCUGUGGAUGUAUCAUAAGCGCUAGCAAAUUUAGCCCCUAAAACAAUUCUGUUUCGAGAAAAAUUGAAUAUAACAAUUUACCGGUGCUCCCGGUAGAUUUUGAUAAAUUUUCAAAUAGCGCCUACGGCCGUAUAAUGGUAACUGCGAACAAGAAAAUCUUAGACUAUGUGGUUGUGAUAUAUAAUUUCAAAACGGUAAUAGGUUGAUUUUAGUCAAGAAACGUUGUUUUAUAGCUUAAUUAAUAUAUUGACCUUGAGAGGUAGCUAUACAACAUAAAGAGUUAAUUAUUUAUAAUUCCAUAACUUUAGACUCGAUUUCAACCGCAACCACGAUCACUGAAUAUUGUAGGUUCGCUUAUGCUUCCAACAUGUUCAUUUGAACCAAAUUCAUAACCCCAUACCAAAACUUUGUAUUACCUUUAAAUAUCCAAACAUCUGACCAUGCAUAUUACGCCAAACGUCCUCCGCUCUAUACUUUUCGAUUUUUUGUUUUAAUCAACUCAUGAUCUAUUCUUUUAACUGUCAACUGUCUUACUGAAAUGACACCCCCUGCCAGUCAAUUAUCUGUAUAAUACAAAAGCUGUGAAUCUAAAUUUCAUAUACUGUCUAUGUUGUACAUUUGUUUCUGCAAGUACUUACAUAUAUUCCCAAGUGAUUGAAUCGCUCUUUUAAUACGUGCAUAUUGACUAUACCACCUUCCAUCCUUAAAUAAUAUGUUUGCACCUAACUGAUUAACUGGUAGAAAAUCUUUACCAUCCAUUAAAUCCCAAACAAACAAAAUGUCAGAAUUUAUCCAAUUCCUAUAAAAAAAAAGAAAAAAAGAAGCAUUUUCCGUUUAAACAUUACAUUUGUAUUCAGCCUUAUCAUUUCUCUACGAUCUAUCAAAAGUACCUGAUUGAGCCUUUCUUGAGUAGUAGUAGCUUUUAAACAAGAAAAAGGUCGUAAUUAAAUUAUAUUAGAAAUGAAUAUAGUAGAAACUUGUACACUUAUUGUACAUGACAGUA